AUUUAUUAAUGAAAGCUUAAUAUUUAAUAAUAAAAUGGAAGGAAAAGAAAAGGAAUUGAAGAUCCAAGUUUUGGCAUCUGGAGAUUAAUGGCGGAAGAGAGUAAAUCUAGCGAGGAAAGUGUGAAGCUGUUCGUAGGGCAAGUGCCGAAGCACAUCACCGAAGCAGAACUCCUUGCAAUGUUCAAGGAGUUCGCACUCGUCGACCAGGUCAACAUAAUCAAGGACAAAGCAACUCGCGCUUCACGAGGUUGUUGCUUCCUCAUUUGUCCCUCCAGGGAAGAGGCUGAUAAGGCCGUCAAUGCCUGUCACAAUAAGAAGACGCUACCCGGGGCAUCUAGUCCAUUACAAGUGAAGUAUGCAGAUGGCGAGUUGGAAAGAUUAGAACACAAGCUCUUCAUUGGCAUGCUUCCAAAGAAUGUUUCUGAAGUUGAAAUAUCUGCACUUUUCUCCAAGUAUGGUACUAUAAAAGAUUUACAGAUUUUAAGAGGUUCUCAGCAAACUAGUAAAGGUUGUGCAUUUUUGAAGUAUGAAACCAAAGAACAGGCUAUUGCUGCUUUGGAGGAAAUCAAUGGAAAGCAUAAAAUGGAGGGUUCAAGUGUUCCCUUAGUAGUCAAAUGGGCUGAUACUGAAAAGGAAAGACAAGCUCGAAGAGCUCAGAAAGCACAGUCCCAAGCUUCUAAUGUACCACAUACUGAUUCUCAGCACCCGUCAUUGUUUGGAGCCGUGCCUAUGAGUUAUGUUCCUCCAUAUAAUGGAUAUGGUUAUCAGGCCCCUGGAGGUUAUGGGAUUAUGCCAUAUCGCCUGCUUCCAAUGCAGAAUCAACAUGGUUUCCAUAAUAUGAUGCCUCACAUGAAUCAAGGAAAUGCAUUACGGCCUGAACUUGGCCCCAAUAUGAACCCUAGAAAUUAUCAUGUGCCUCCUGCAAAUUAUGUUGGUUCUUAUCCUGCUGUGCCAGGUCUACAACAUGCUGUGGCAUAUCCUGCAGGAAUGAUUAGUCCAAGGCCCAUGAAUACUUCUCCCGGUUCUGUUUCACCUGUUGGUGGAAAUAACAACUCUGCUGCAUCUUCUGGCACCAGUAAAAAUUCUGGUGGUCAGGUUGAAGGACCACCUGGUGCCAACCUAUUUAUUUAUCACAUACCUCAAGAAUUUGGAGAUCAAGAGCUUGCUACUGCUUUUCAACCAUAUGGAAGAGUUUUGAGUGCUAAAGUUUUUGUUGAUAAAGCAACCGGUGUUAGCAAAUGUUUUGGGUUUGUUAGUUAUGAUUCCCCCGAGGCUGCUCAAUCUGCCAUCGGUAUGAUGAAUGGAUGCCAAUUAGGAGGCAAGAAAUUAAAGGUCCAGCUCAAGAGGGAUAACAAGCAGGGUAAACCAUACUGAUGAAGCUGACAAUGGAAUUUUGUAUAAUUCACAUUGUAAUUCAUGACCCAUCUGAUGUUAAUACAAUUUGUAAUUUUCUGUAACAUGAAAGUUAAAUUAGACAUUGAUUAUUAAUUUAUUGAUUUUUCCCCCA